UUAUUUUUUAAUUGCGAAUAAGCUUAUUAAAAAAAAAUGGAAGAUAAGAAGAUUAUAAAAAGAAUAAAAACUAACAUUGUCACAUCACAAGAUUACCCGAUGAAUCCAAAUCCUGAAACUCUUAAAAGUAUUGAGAAGAUUCACAAAUGGGCUUCGUCAAGAGAUGACGUGGAAACAUCCGAUUUAGAAGUUAAAAUCAAUUUUAAACAAAAAACGAUUCAAUUUAAUUGGCAAGAAAAUCAAAAAUAACAUUUUCUUUUAUUUACCACGAAUUAUUUUAAAAUAAAACAAGUAAUUAUUAAUUAAACUUAACUCUCCAAUUAUCUAAUCAAUCAUAAAAAAAAAAUUUAUGAAUCAUUUGAGUUGGACACAUUAAUUGAUCUUAAACACACCUUAAUUACCCUUUAUGUAUUCGUAGGGGUUAUUUGAGCAUUAAACAUUCAAAUUGAGAGGUUCAAAAAGAAAUUUUCUCGCUAUUAGUUGAGUUUUAACCUCGAAACAAAAAACAUGUUACCCUCACUUUUAGACGACAAAGUAUUCCUUUACGAAGAUGAAUUAAAAAUAAAAGGCGUUAUCGAAGAGUUUAAACAUAGCGCUAGAGCUAGAGACAUCAAAGAACGCUCACAAUUACCUCAAAACGAUGGAAAAGUCAUUGACGAACACGACCAAUUUUAUAGGGAUCACAAAUUAUUACUAAAAUUAUUUCAGAUAUUAGGUGUCAUGCCUGUGCAAAGAGGUCAAAUCGGUAAAAUAACCUUCAGCUGGUUUAGUAUCCCGACUAUUUACGCAUAUUGUUUUUACGUAAUAACAACAAUACUGGUUUUAUUGGUGGGUUACGAAAGAAUCAUUAUUUUAACCCAAAAAAGUAAAAAAUUCGACGAAUACAUCUACUCGAUCAUUUUCGUCGUAUUUUUGGUACCACAUUUUUGGAUUCCUUUCGUUGGUUGGGGCGUAGCCAAAGAUGUUUGCGAUUACAAAAACAGCUGGGGAUUUUUUCAAUUAGAUUAUUACAAAAUCACGGGAAAAUCUUUAGAAUUUCCCCAUUUAAGCGUUUUAAUCAUCAUUAUUAGUUCGGGGUGUUUAAUUUUAGCAAUUAUUUUUUUAUUAACGCUAAGCGCUUUAUUAGAAGGAUUUACGAUGUAUCACACAACAGCUUAUAUUCAUAUCAUUACCAUGAUUAAUAUGAACUGUGCUUUGUGGUAUAUUAAUUGUAGAGCGAUUGGAAAUGCUAGUAAAUCGGUUGCUGAUAGUUUUGAACAAGAUGUUAAAGAAUAUUGUGCUGGAUAUAUCGUUAAACAUUAUAGGGUUUUAUGGUUGAAUUUAAGCGAGAUUUUGCAAAAAUUGGGGAAUGCUUAUGCAAGAACUUAUUCGACUUACUCAUUGUUUAUGAUUACCAACAUAACUAUUGCGAUUUAUGGACUUACAUCUGAAAUUGUCGACCAUGGCUUUCGAUUUACAUUCAAAGAAACGGGUUUAUUAGUUGAUGCAGGUUAUUGCAUGGUUUUACUUUAUAUUUUUUGCGAUUGCUCGCAUAACGCUUCUGUUAACAUAGCAAGUAGAGUGCAAACGACUUUGUUAAACAUGGAUUUAACAUCCGUUGAUACAUCAACUAUAAAAGAGAUUGAAUUGUUUUUAAUAGCUAUUGAGAUGAAUCCGCCAAAGGUAUCAUUGAGGGGUUAUACAAUUGUUAAUAGGGAACUUAUAUCAUCGAGUGUCUCUACAAUGGCAAUUUAUCUCAUCGUUUUGUUGCAAUUCAAGAUUAGCCUCAUAAGAGAAAGUAAUAACUUAUUACUUUACACAAACAAAACAUCCUUAUAAAUAAAAAAUAAUUAAUAAUUAAAAA